CGACAAUUUCGAGCGUUAUCAUUCAGUCUAGCCUGCGCUGCCUGGUAUCUUCAGUGUUAUUUUUUCCGGAUGGCAUAGAUAACAUUCGAUUCGUUUCUCCUGACGUUGCUGCCUGCUGACGAGAUGUUCAUCGUUGCAAUCAACAUGAGCUAUCAGUCAAUACUUCGAGAAGGAGGGGGUUCCUAGUUCCAGCUAAAAAUGGCAUGUUUAUCAUUUCGAUUUUGUUUGUUCCCGUGCUAGGAACGAAACUCAACACUGGGUGCAAAUAUUUAUAAAUUUUUGUUUUGAAAACCGGAUUGAUUUGCGAAAACAAAACGUCAAAAAAAAAAUUGCCAAGGCAUCAUGGGAGGCUGUGGCGAAUGGAUCGAAAUGAACCAGAAAAAUAAACCCCAGUCCAAUACGCUGGCGGGUGGGAUAAUGACCCUCAUGGUAACGGGAAUGAUUGUGGGUUCGACCAUCUUCAACAUGGACCUUCAAUACCAACCGUGGACUUUUGACCAUUCCGAUAGAGUGAUCCUACUGACGCAGAUUUCGUUCUACAUGGCGGCCAUUGUGGGAACAAUAGCAGGAUUCUUUUUAGUGGAACGACACAACAAGAAAGCGAUUUCCCGAGUUUAUCUUGUGCUAGCUGGUGUAGGAUGUUUGCUGUUGAUUAUUCUACCGGACCACAUAGCAAGCGUUGCUUUUGCUCGCGUUCUCUUAGGACUGGCCCACGGCUUGGCCUACUUAGUGGUUCUAAUUCACGCAGGAGAAACGUCAAUCAAAGAGUUGCGUGGUCUCAAUACGGUGGCGGUGAACUACUGUCUAAUGAUUGGAGUAGUCACGCAUGGAUCACUCAGUCCGAUGGCCGCCAGUGCAGAAGAAAUCGCUCCCAAUAGGAUCAUUGGCAUAAUCGGAACCGUCUACAUUAUUUUCGGAGGACUUCUCUCCCAAUUCCUCACAUAUGAAUCGCCCGUUUUCCUAAUCCAACGAGGACGAGACGGGGAAGCUAUACAAUCUAUGAUCAAACUACGCAACGAAUCAACGGAAACCUGGGAAAUUCGCAACGACUACACCGAGUUCAAGACCAUGCUGGCGGAAGAUGAAGACACUUCUCGAUCGAUCUUCCAGGACGGAAAUCUGAGACCACUCACCUUACUCAUUCUCUGCAAACUAGCUACCGUUCUCUCCUUCAACACCGGCCUUAACCUCGUUCGACUCCACAUCCUCAACACCCUGUUCGGGCUCGAAGACUACAGCCUGUCGGCAGUGUCAGUCCUCACCAUACGGCUGACCGUUGGCACCGUCUUCCUCUUCGUGAUCGACAAAUUUGGACGCCGGGCAGCAAUUACCGCGUCCAGCUUCAGCUGCGGCAUGGUUAUGGUCAUCAUGGGAAUCGUCUACCUGGUAGCCGAUUCGAUCAAUCGGGACAUAGCAAUAGCCAUUAUGCUUUCCUACGAAGUUGUAGCUUCGGCCGGGAUCACCUUUGUGCCGGACGUUUACUGUUCGGAGGCGUUUUCGACCAAGAAGAAAGCGGCCUCCGUUGCCGUGGUACAGAUCGUAGAGAAUGUGCUUCAACUGGCGAUUGUUUGUAUCGUUAGUUCGUGGAACUUCCAGGAUGCUUCCCUGUACGGGGGCGUUAUGAUGGUUUGUGGAGUUCCGCUGUUGGUGAUUACGGGUGUAUUCUAUCGGUACUUACCGGAAACGACGAAGAUGUCUAUACGACAGGCCCGGACGGAGUUCACCAAGCGAGGCGAAAUUGUUUUUGGAGGAACUAAGAGGCCGCAGGAUUUUUUGAACGAUUAAAUUUUAAAUUGUUGUUUAUUUGGU